CNAAACCGGAUAAACCUCUCACGUUUAUCAUGGACACUGUAAUAAUUCAACCCGAACCAUAUGGUGUGGCACUGAUAAUAGGUGCAUGGAACUACCCCGUACAACUAUGUUUGGCACCGCUUUCAGGAGCCAUUGCGGCUGGAAACACAGUCGUUCUGAAACCAUCAGAAAUAGCUCCAAACACUGCAAAAGUUAUAGCACAACUCUUACCCAAAUAUCUAGAUUCUAAAUGUUACCAUGUAGUAAAUGGGGGAAUACCAGAAACUACCGAACUAUUGGAACAAAGAUUCGAUUAUAUAUUCUACACCGGAAACUGCAAUGUGGGAAAGAUAAUUCACAGGGCAGCUAGUAAGUACCUCACUCCUGUCACUCUUGAGUUAGGUGGAAAAAGCCCGGUGUACAUCGACUCGACGGCCGACUUGGAUUUGACGGCGGCCAGAGUUCUUUUUGGACGUUUCGCCAAUGCUGGUCAAAGCUGCAUUGCACCAGAUUACAUCCUGUGCUCAAAAGAAAUAGAAACAAAAUUCAUAGAGGCGUGUAAAAGAUGCAUGACAAAAUGGUAUGGUGAAAAUAUAAAAGAAUCUCCUGAUUAUGGAAGGAUAGUAAACAGAAAUCAUUUUCAAAGGAUAGUGAAACUUUUGGAAGGAUCCAAGAUUGCUGUUGGUGGUAAACAUGAUAUCGACGAUUUGUACAUUGAGCCCACGAUACUGCAAGAAGUCAAACCAACAGAUCCUGUUAUGCAGGAAGAAAUAUUCGGGCCUAUUCUUCCUAUUGUUAACAUCGACAAUGCUGGUAACGCCAUUGAUUUCAUCAACGAGAGAGAGAAACCGCUAGCCUUAUAUAUAUUUUCUAACGACAAAACAAUCCACGACCUCUUCUUAAAGAACACCUCCAGCGGAAACAUGCUAAUCAACGAUACUAUGAUGCACUUCAGUUGUGAAACCAUACCUUUUGGAGGGGUUGGUAACAGUGGAAUGGGAGGUUACCAUGGAAAAUUCUCGUUCGAUACGUUUUCUCACAUGAAAGGCACCCUCAUUAAAAAAUUGGACAAAGUGGGAGAAUACUUGAACGCAGCAAGAUAUCCGCCAUUUUCGGAGAGCAAGAUGAACUUUGUCGUAAAUGCUACCAAGAAACGGCCAUCAAUUCCAGGAUUGAGGUAUUUUUCUACGUUUGUCAUCUUUGGACUUGGAGUCGCUUCGGCACUCAUAAGUAAAUGUAUGUUGAAAUGUAUAGAAACUAGGAAAAAUGAAUAAAUAUUUUUGAAACGGUUAAA